GUUUUCUUUAUUUUCAUUUCCCGUCAUCAUUCUCGGAUGUUAAAGGGAAAAAAACAGCUCAUGUCUACAGCGGCGAAAGGCUUAAUCGUCUGAAUGCUAUUGCAUUAGAAGAGCGGGGAGAAAAUAAAACGUGGUGUAUAGCGACGCUAGAGAGUGUGCUACAUUCGGCUUUUGUCCAAAGUAAAGGAAACAUGACUGCGGAACUGAACAUGGGUUUGGGCCUGCAAGACAGCCCGCUCGGACUGGGCUACGUCGACAACUUUGAUUUGUUGAAGUUCGACGUUAAGAAGGAGGCUUUGGCAGGUCUCGACCGCUCCUCCAUUCAAGAGUGCAACCGACUCCAGUCCCCGGGCUCUGUGUCCUCCACGCCGGUCAGCACGCCGUGCAGCUCGGAACCUUCGUCUCCGAGCUUCAGCCCGACGGAACAGACGAAUCAUCUGGAGGAGCUGUACUGGAUGCCUGGUGGCGGCUAUCAUCAUCAGAUGGAUCCGCUAUCCUUGGGCCUGACCCCGGAGGAUGCAGUGGAAGCCCUGAUUGGCACUGGAGCCCAAGUCCAACCUACACUUCCCCACCUGCACCAGCAGCUGCAGCGAGCAGACUUUGACGGCUACAGGGCGAUACAUCACCCCCACAAUCACGGCCAUGCCCUGCAGCAGCAUCAGUACCUGGGGAUUCCCAGUCAUCUAGACGACCUGCAUAGUCACCCGGGCCAGCCUCAACUUCGCCAUAGCCAGGGUCUCGACAGCUCAUCUCCAAGUUCGCCCGAGUCCCACCAACCGCUCAGCCUCCUCAGACACAACCAACACCUGCAGGGACAUCACGAUGGAGCGGGGGGAUCAUCCCUGGAGGACCGCUUCUCUGACGACCAGCUGGUGUCCAUGUCCGUGCGAGAACUCAAUCGGCAUCUGCGAGGCUUCGGCAAGGAUGAGGUUAUCCGCCUCAAGCAGAAACGCCGGACCCUGAAGAACCGGGGCUACGCUCAGUCAUGCCGUUACAAGAGGGUGCAGCAGAAGCACGAUCUGGAGCACGAGAAAACGUCCCUCAUCACUCAGGUGGAGCAGCUCAAGCAGGAGCUCAACCGGCUGGCCCGCGAGAGAGACGCCUACAAACUCAAGUGCGAGAAAAUGACCGGGGCUAACGGGUUCCGCGAGGCAGGGUCCACUAGCGAUGACCCGUCGUCGCCCGAGUUCUUCAUGUGAGUUGUGCAGAAGUCAAAAGUAGGGGCCGAAAAGAAUGAUAAACAAAAUGAAAGAUUGUGAUGAUAAUUACAACUGCAUUGCAAGCAAAUGCUUAGAUAGUAAUGCAUCUCGUAUUUUAAGACAUCCAUUCAGCUGGCAACUGAAAUAUUAAACAGAACAAUUUAGAAUCCUUCUCAGAACGGCAGCAUAUUUGCUUUUUUAUUGUUGCUCGAUGAAGAACGUGCAUUUUUCUUGAAGACAGGAUAAUUUGUUUGAACGGACCCGUCCACACCUCAUGAUGUUGGACAAGUCUGCUCUCUAGAAAUCUAUCAGGAGUUUUCACCUGAAACGGAUAUACGACUUCCAUUUAGUCUUAAAAAGUAAAAGAAACACAAAAGACUCUUCAUGUGCAAACUCUGUUCUUCUCAUGUGCCUCGCUUACUAUAGCCUAGCUGUCGAACUGGGGGUAUUUUAUACAACAUCUCAUUAUACUAUGGAUUGCCUCUAGAAAUGCAUAUGAAAACAAAAUUUACAUUACAAUAUUAAUCCUGCAUGCUGGACAUGUAUGGUUAAAUGUUAUAUUUUUAUCACUUUUAUUUUUCUUCUUAAGCGCAUGUAGGCCUACGUGUAGCCUAACUGAUCUAAGCGUUUAAUUUUCUGGAGGUUUAUGGAAUGAAACGUUGAAGAUGUCAUUGUUGCCCACGCAAUAGCUUGUUUACAGCAAACUAAAAAGCCUACAUUUUGCAAGUUGAGUAUUUUUAAACGUAUUUUGUUUUUUUAUUCAAUCUUUCCAAGAUAUCAACAUUGUUUUGGAAAUGGCACCAAACAGCCCCUGUACAUCAAGUGCACUUCUCUGGGUCGUAGUUGUCGUGCGCUGUUUUCAGGAGUUCACUGUAUAGCCAGUGUAUCGGUAGAUGCACAAUUGAGGACUGAUAUAUUAUUAUUGAGGCUAAUUAGGGUACAUUUGCAUUGAUACGCGAAGUAUAAAUUGUUGUAAAUGAUGUAGUGUGGCGCUGCCAGAGAUUAAAUGCUUCGUUAUUAUGUUUGUAUAACCAAUAUGCGGUAAUUGAUAAUAGGUGACAUAUUUACGCUCUAUACGUUGAUAUAUGUUGUCGUUCUUCAGACAGCACAUAGGUGUUGCCUCCAACAUGUUGAUUUUUUUUUUUUUAAACGUGUUCUCGUGGCACCUUGUGUCUUCCGGUUUUUACCAUGAAACACCUUUAUGAGCAGGGGCAUUUAUUACGUAAUGCAUCUUUUGUUAUGUAACUGUAUUCAUAAAAUGUAAUCGGUGUCCAGGCCAGUGACCAGUGUCCAAGGACGUUUUCCAUAGAAAAAUAUGCAGAAUGUCGGUCUAAACGAUGGCUUAAGCAAGGGUUUUGUGGGUGAAACAGCACGUGACAGAUUUAUUUGCAUGGACUUGUUCUUUUCAAGUUUUAUCAAUGCUUUGUGUUAUCCUUUAUCUUUUCUGCUGGUCAGUUAAAAAGGACAUUUUCAAAGUGAAAACAACAUGUCGUAGCCUAUGUUUAUUUUUUAUUAUUAUUAUUAUCUUUGAUUUAUUUUGGAGGUUCUGGUUCUGCUGGCCAGAUAGGCCUACAUAUUAUAGCUGAUUUUUAAAUGAUUUUAAUGAUUAAAAACAACAAAUCCUCAAUGUACCCUAUACGGAAAGCAUGAUGCUAAUAUUAAUGUUUGUCAUUUAAACAUUUAACCGUCGUUGGUUUGUUACUGAUUCAACUGUGUUGAAAUCAGAUUUCAGCUGCGGAUGCGGUUUUUCAUUGUUAAUUUUACUUAGAUUUACUUUACAAGGCAAGAAUUUGUUUUGUUCAUACA